AUGUACGCUCAUAGAGAUCCGUCCGCACCAUACAUUCUCUUUCAACACGGCUUUCCCGACCAGGAAACAACCUGGAAUGACUACCAGAUCCCGGUCUUUUCCCGCCACUACAAUAUUAUCACUCCCACCCUUCGCGGCUUUCCUCCAAGCGAUAUCCCACCAGAUACAUCCGACUACACUGGAACAGCCUAUGCGACCGACAUGCUCGCUAUCCUCAACCAGGAAAAUGUCACAAGCGUGUACCUAAUCGGCCAUGACUUUGGAGGCGGCUUGGUGCAAGGAUUCACACAGGCUUUCCCUGACAAAGUCAAAGCGCUGAUUAUCAUAAACGCGCCGAUAAUGCCCACCUUCCUACCUCUACUUUCCUAUGAUGCCGAAGCACAGGAGUACGCCCGCUACACAAUCCCAUACUACAGCUACGUCCCCGGUCAGCCGAAAAACAUCCCCACUAUUGUUAAAACAAUUCGCGAUCCCGUCUACCGCCGCAAGAUUGCAGACUAUCUCGAUCGCUCGCCUAUUCACGGCAUGCUCAACUUCUAUAAGAACAACUACCCUGGCCCCACGUACGGUCAGGACCUCACUGCUGCCUUGAAUAUAACAAAAGAGACCUGGACCCAGCGCGUUCCCACCAUGGUACUCUGGGGCGAGGAGGAUGAUUACUUCAGCCCUAAGACUAUUGAUGGGCUGCAAGGCUGGUUUCAAUUCGGAGUUAGGCUCGUCACGUUGCCAAAGUCGGGUCAUUGGCCGUUUAGGGAUCAGUGGAAGAGGGCGAACCAGGAAAUAUCUAGCUUUUUGGCCAUUGCUGAUGACGUUGAGAAGGACGUCUUAUAG